UAUAAGGAAGAAGACAUACAUACAUACAGAGGCUAGCAAGCUAGUUGCUGCCUUACCAUAGAGAAGCGCGCAAAGAAUUGAAGAAUGCAUCCAACAGAAGCCACAUUCAGCCAUGUCUUUUUCUUGAUCUUCUUCUUAACUGCAUCUCUUCUUACCCUCACAUUCAGCCACCAACACCCCAACCCUGAACAUGUGGUCAAAGAAGUUCUAAGGAGAGUGAAUGAAUCAGUGACGGCGAGAAGAUCCCUUCAGUCUCAGUCGUCACCAUCAUGCCCGACCGGGAACUCAAUCGACGACUGCUGGCGGUGCGACCCGAAUUGGGGCAGCAACCGCCAGCGGCUAGCAGACUGCGGGAUCGGGUUCGGGAAAUAUGCACUGGGCGGCAAAGGCGGGGAGAUAUACGUGGUCACGGACUCAUCGGACGAGGACCCCUUAAACCCGAAACCCGGCACUCUCAGGUACGGGGUGAUUCAAGGGGUCCCGCUGUGGAUCAUCUUCCAGGAGAGCAUGGCCAUCACGCUCAACCACGAGCUCCUCGUCGGCAAAUCGAAGACCAUCGACGGCCGCGGCGUGAACGUGCAGAUAACCGGAAAAGGCUGCAUCGUCCUCCGGUCAGUGACCAACGUCAUCAUCAGCAGCCUCCAGAUCUACAAUUGCGUCCCGUCGAAGGCGGAGCGAGUGCGGCUGAGGCCGGAUUUCGAAGAGGAGGUGUCGGCAUCGGACGGGGACGGGAUAUCCGUCCAGGCGUCGUCCGCCGUGUGGAUCGACCAUUGCACCCUGGCGAAUUGCGCGGACGGCCUGAUCGACGUCACGGAAGGGUCCACGGCGGUGACCAUAUCCAACAACUACUUCUCCCACCACGACAAGGUGAUGUUGCUGGGACACAGCGACGAUUACCCCGCCGACAAGCGGAUGCAGGUCACCGUCGCGUUCAAUCGGUUCGGGGAAAUGCUGGGACAGAGGAUGCCCAGGUGCAGAUUCGGCUAUUUCCACGUCUUCAACAACGAUUACUCGGCGGGGUGGGGAAUCUACGCAAUCGGAGGCAGCGCACAACCGACCAUCAAUUCCCAGAACAACCGCUUCGUGGCGCCGGAUAACCCUAAUUUGAAGGAGGUGACGAGGCGAGAAGAAUCAAGCCAGGGCGAGUGGUCACGAUGGAAUUGGAGGACGGACGGAGAUGUAUUUCUGAACGGAGCGAAUUUCGUGGCCUCCGGCAGCAUCCAAGCAGACUCAUACACCUAUGCGGAGAGCUUUAAUCCCGCCGGCUUCAGCGAGACGCUGACCCAAAACGCCGGCGUCCUCAAUCGCAACCAAGGGAACAUUCCCAUCGGCGGCGGCGGGGUGAGCAAUAUCCCAGGCAGCGACCAAUGGGAUAUCGCUAUUCAUUUUCUCAUUUCUCUUGCAUCUCUAGCUGAUCUCGUCCAUGUAUCGUCAACUUGAUUUUCCAUAGCCCCAAUUGAAAUUGAAAAAUAGGAUGCUCCUACCACCUAUCCUUUUAAAAACAAAAGCUGAAGUUGAAUUAACGAUUAUCCGCUUAUUUAUUGCAUAAUUAAUUCUGAAUGCCUAUGUAUUGAAAUGGAAAAUGAAAAUGGGUGAUGGGU